UGUCCUGACCUGCCUCCACUGCCCACCUGCCCCAGCCCCCAAAGUAUGUCAGCCAAGUCCAAGGGGACCACCUCUUCCUCCUCUCCAACUGAGGGGCCACCGGCAUCCUCCAAAACCAAGGUGAAGGAGCAGAUCAAGAUAAUCGUAGAGGAUUUGGAAUUAGUCCUGGGGGACCUGAAGGACGUGGCCAAGGAACUUAAAGAGGUGGUUGACCAGAUUGACACACUGACCUCUGACCUACAGCUGGAGGAUGAGAUGACAGACAGCUCCAAAACUGAUACACUAAACAGCAGCUCCAGCAGCACAACAGCAUCCAGCUUAGAGAAGAUCAAAGUGCAUUCCAAUGCACCACUCAUCAAACCACCAGUCCACCCUUCUGCUAUACUCACAGUCCUGAGAAAACCUAACCCUCCACCUCCUCCUCCACGGUUGACACCUGUGAAGUGUGAUGAUCCUCACAGGCCUGUGCCAACCAUCAAUCCUGUAAAAACUAAUGGCACACUUCUCCGAAAUGGAGGCUUACCUGGAGCAUCAAACAAAAUUCCAAAUGGGGACAUCUGUUGUAUACCUAGUAGUAACUUGGACAAGGUGCAGAUGCAGUCUCUGAUGCAUAGACCUCAGAAGGACAGGUGUCCCCAGGCAGGAACACGGGAACGAGUACGGUUUAGUGAAAAGGUGCAAUACCAUGGGUAUUGCCCUGACUGUGAUGUCCGGUAUAACAUAAAAAAUCGAGAGAUCCACAUCCACAGUGAAUCCCUCCAUAUGCCAGGAAAGCUUCCUCACCAGUGCCCUCCUCUCCCACCCCCACCACCUCCUCUCCCUCCUUUUCCUCUAGAAAAUGGAGGGCUGGGAAUAAGCCACAGUAACAGUUUUCCCCCUCUCAGACCUGCAACUGUGCCUCCACCCACUGCACCUAAACCACAGAAGACCAUCUUGAGGAAAUCAACCACUACAACAGUGUGAUGUAUGCCACUUGAAAACUGCUUUCAUUUUUUUCUAUAUUAUAAACAUAAAAUAAUAGAUAAUGAUGAGCACUUUCUACUCAAGCAAUAAGAAGCCCAAAUAUAUUACAGCCUGUGUUCAGUGAAGU